GUCUCUGACUCCCGGCGGCACCUCGCCUCAGUGCGUCUAUAUUAAUUUUCAUUAUUAUUAUCAUUAUAAGGAGCAGGGCACCGCUUCCUCUUCCUCCUCCUGUUGCUCCUCUUCCUCCACGCACGCUCUCUGAUGGCGGUCGCGGCGCCACCGAAGCGGCAGGACACCCGCAAAUUCUUCGAGAAUUUGUCCGGAGCCGGGAAAUCCAUCGCGGUGCUGACCAGCGGGGGGGAUGCUCAAGGCAUGAACGCAGCCGUCAGGGCGGCCGUCCGGAUGGGGCUCUACGUCGGGGCCAAGGUCUUCUUCAUCCACGAGGGCUACCAGGGGAUGGUGGACGGGGGCGAUAACAUCGAGGAGGCCUCGUGGGAAAGCGUCUCCAGCAUGUUGCAAGUGGGCGGCACGGUCAUCGGCAGCGCCCGCUGUAAAGAGUUCCGCAGCCACGAGGGCCGCCUGAGGGCCGCUCACAACCUGGUGAAGCGCAGCAUCACCAACCUGGUUGUGAUCGGAGGAGACGGCAGCCUGACCGGAGCCAACCUGUUCAGAGAGGAGUGGAGCAGCCUGCUGGACCAGCUGCUGCAGAAAGGUCUCAUCGACCAGGAGGCGACCCGGGCCAACUCCCAGCUGCACAUCGUCGGCAUGGUCGGCUCCAUCGACAACGACUUCUGCGGCACGGACAUGACCAUCGGCACCGACUCGGCCCUGCACCGCAUCAUCGAGGUGGUGGACGCCAUCAUGACCACGGCUCAGAGCCACCAGAGGACGUUUGUUCUGGAGGUCAUGGGCCGACACUGCGGAUACCUGGCCCUGGUCAGCGCCCUGGCAUGUGGAGCCGAUUGGGUCUUUAUCCCUGAAAUGCCCCCUGAGGACGGCUGGGAAGACAACAUGUGUCAGAAACUGUCUGAGAACCGCGCUGAUAAGAAAAGACUGAACAUCAUCAUUGUAGCUGAAGGAGCCAUAGACGCCCACAACAAGUCUAUAACCCCUGACUAUAUCAAGGAACUGGUGGUCCGCUGCCUGGGGUUUGACACCAGGGUCACCAUCUUGGGUCAUGUGCAGAGAGGCGGGACCCCCUCGGCCUUCGACAGGAUCCUGGGCAGUCGUAUGGGCGUGGAGGCGGUGCUGGCGCUGCUGGAGGCGUCUGCCGACACCCCGGCCUGCGUCGUGUCCCUGGUCGGGAACCAGGCUGUGCGACUGCCUCUUAUGGAGUGUGUUCAAAUGACCCAGGAGGUGCAGAAGGCCAUGGAUGAGAAGAAGUUUGAAGAGGCCGUCCGACUGCGUGGGAGGAGCUUUGAAAACAACCUGAGAACCUACCGGCUCCUCUCCAACCGCAAAGCAGACUCUGAACUCCCCAAUAGCUCCUUCAACGUGGCCGUGCUGAACGUCGGUGCACCGGCCGCCGGUAUGAACGCCGCCGUGCGUUCUGCCGUCCGCGUGGGAAUCACCGAGGGCCACAAGAUGUUCUCGGUCAGCGACGGCUUCGAGGGAUUUUACAAAGGACAAAUCAAGGAGAUCAAGUGGGGCGAUGUCGGGGGCUGGACGGGACAGGGCGGCUCGCUGCUCGGGACCAAAAGAACUCUUCCAGGACAACAUCUGGAUAAGAUAGCCGAGCAGAUGAGGAUCCAUAACAUCAACGCGCUGCUCGUCAUCGGAGGAUUCGAGGCCUACGUGGGGUUACUGGAACUGUCCUCUGCUCGGGACACACACGAGGAGUUCUGUGUCCCCAUGGUCAUGGUCCCCGCCACCGUGUCCAACAACAUCCCCGGGUCCGACCUCAGCAUUGGCUCAGACACGGCUCUGAACGCCAUUACUGAUGCCCUCGAGUCCCUGCUGCAGCUGAACGAGGCCCGGUCAGACCACGAGGAGUUCUGCAUCCCCAUGUGCAUGCUGCCGGCCACCAUUAGUAACAACGUGCCCGGCACCGACCUCAGCAUCGGCGCCGACACGUCCCUCAACGCCAUCGUGGAGACGUGUGACCGCAUCAAGCAGUCGGCCAGUGGCACCAAGCGGCGGGUGUUCAUCAUCGAGACCAUGGGGGGCUACUGUGGCUACCUGUCCACGGUGGGGGGGCUGGCUGCCGGAGCCGACGCCGUCUACAUCUACGAGGAACCGUUCGACAUCCGGGACCUGCAGGCCAACGUGGAGCAUCUGACGCAGAAGAUGAAGACGAGCAUCCAGAGGGGCUUAGUGAUCAGGAACGAGAACUGCAACGAGAACUUCACCACGGACUUCAUCUACCAGCUGUACUCGGAGGAGGGUCGGGGCGUGUUCGACUGCAGGAAGAACAUCCUGGGUCACAUGCAGCAGGGAGGAGCUCCGUCUCCAUUCGAUAGAAACUUUGGCACCAAAGUUGCAGCUAAAGCGAUGCAGUGGAUCACACGGACGCUCAAGGACUCGUACAAAGGAGGACGUGUCUUUGCCAACUCGGAGGACACGGCCUGUCUCCUGGGGAUGCGUCGCAGGGCCAUGGUCUUCCAGCCGGUGGCUCAGCUCCGGGACGAGACCGACUUUGUCCACAGGAUCCCGAAGGAGCAGUGGUGGCUGAAGCUCCGCCCACUCAUGAAGAUCUUGGCGAAGUACAAGACGAGUUACGACGUGUCCGACUCGGGUCAGCUGGAGCACGUGACCCGGGUGCGGCCCAGAGAGAGCGACGCCUCGGCCGCCGUCUGACCCCACGACCACGAGAUUCGCUCCAACGUGAAAACAGCUUCACAACAACCGUGAUGGCUCCUCCCACCAGGACUGAAAUAAAUAAAUUAUGGUAGAUUUUAAAGGCGGAUGAUAUUAAAGGUUCAUCGUGAGGGGGUCGUCGAUAUUUUAGAUUUUGACAGAAUUUGAGGUUGGUCGUUCGGAAUCGAGCUUUUCACAGUUUCAACAAGCGAGUCUCACCAACUUUGAUUGGGGGGGGGGGUCUACAAAAUUAAUAUAUAGCUAAAUAUAUAAAAAGAUAUAUAAGCACUCCUCAAUAUGAACUGUGCAAAUUCAAGUUCUGGUCCUGAAAAUGUAGCUUUAUCUAUUUAUUCCUAAGAAGCCAAGCUGAGUGAACGUCCAUGUUGCAUCAGACGGAGAGCUGGAGUCGGGUAAUGAGUGUCGUGUUUUAAAUGUUGCUUUUGUGGUUUUUAUUUCCCACUGCACUUUGAGCCCCGUGAUCGAUGUACUUCCCCCGAAGCUGCUGAUAAAGAGAGAACGGGCCGGAGGAUCAGACCCACGGUCCAAGACCUGUGUCCACCGUUUGUCUUUUUUCCUUUUGAACCUGUUAACCCAUGAAGUGAGGCAGAGAAUUGUGGGAAACUGACUUCAACCUUUGUGCUCGCGGUGUUUCAGUGUCCUUGUCAGAGUUAUAAAACAUUUACUGUGUGGAAAGUUC